CUUAAACAGUCUUAACUUAAGAGCUCGCACUUCAUUAAUCUAAUGUCACCUUGGCCAUCAAGAAUUCGAAUUGGUUGUAUGACAGGAUCCAAACAACGCAUGGAAGAUAAUGGAAUGUCAAAUGAAGAUGAUCAUAAUUCAGAAAUACGUUGGAAACUAAGAAGCCUUCCACCUUCGCACUACACUUUUAAGAUUGAAAAUUUCUCGUUGCUUUGCGAUGCGAAAACUGAGUGUUUCCAGUCUGCUGAUUUUGAGGUUGGGGGCUAUAAAUGGUUGUUAUCUGUGUAUCCCGGAGGAAACAAGAAAAAAAAUGGAAAUGGAUACAUAUCUUUGUAUCUAGUACUCUCAAAAUCCAAUAAACUUACUUUUAAUCAAGAGGUUAACGUAUAUUUCAAACUUUUUGUUUAUGAUUGUAUUCGCGACAGUUAUUGGACUGUUCAAGAUGAGAAAGUAAGGCGGUUUCAUGGAAUUAAAAGAGAAUGGGGAUUUGACAAACUCGUUUCGGUCACUGAUUUUAAAAAUGAAUCCAAAGGAUAUUUAUUGGACGACUGUUGCACUUUUGGUGCUGAAAUUUUUGUUAUAGAAAAUGGCAGUAAAGGUGAGUGCUUGUCCAUGGUGAAGAACCCAGCAAACAAAACGUAUACAUGGACAAUUCACAAGUUUUCAGAAUUGACUUCAUUGGAUAACGAAUCUGAAGCGUUUGCUAUCGGUGGCUCUAAUUGGACCAUUACGGUUUAUCCAAAAGGAGAUUUAAGAGAGAUAGGCAAAAGCUUAUCUAUAAAUUUAAACCUAAAAGAUCAUUCAACUUUUGAGCAGGGAAGAAAGUUAUAUACUGAAUUCGUGUUCCGAGUAAAGAACCAACUGAACGGAAAACAUCCUGAAAAAAGAGGUUAUUGUAUGUUUGAAUCUAGUGCUGCACCGUCAUGGGGUUUUUCAAAUGUUAUGUCCCUCAAUGAUCUGAAUGACAAAACGAAGGGCUUUAUACACAAUAAUACUUUGAUUGUCGAAGUAGAAAUUGAAGUCAUGACUGUGCUUAAAGAUUUGUCAUGAAGUUCUUGAGAUCUUAACUUUUUUUGCUAUUUUCGGAUUUCAAUAAUCUUUGUUUUAGCUACUUAUUGCAGUUGACCGGGCGAUCGGAUCAGAAUUGGCCCGUGGUCGGUUGCCGUUGGUUGGUUGGUCUAACUAAACUUAUAUUUACCACGUGUCAACAUUUUAUUGACUCAAAUAUAGAUUAAUGAGAUGUUGACAAAUAGUAAGGAUAAUAUCGUCUAAUUUUAUUUUAUUUUAGGAUUA